AUGGCAACAAACCAAGAAGAAGUCCCCUUGACCGUGUUGAUGGUGCCGCUGCCGGCUCAGGGCCACCUCAACCAGCUCCUCCACCUCUCCCGCCUGAUCGCCGCCCGCGACAUCCCCGUCCACUACGUAGCCGGGGAGGCCCACAUCCGCCAAGCUCAGACCCGCCUCCACGGCUGGGACCCAUCCUCAUCCCCCUCCGUCCACUUCCACCACCUCCCCACCCCACCCUUCACCAACCCACCCCCCAACCCCAACUCCCCCAUCAAAUUCCCAGCCCACCUCAUCCCCUCCCUCGUCUCCUCCAUGCACCUCCGCCAGCCCGUCUUCGAGCUGGCUCAGAGGCUCGCACCCACCACCCGAAGGCUGGCCGUCCUGUACGACUCCUCCCUCCCAUACGUCGUACAGGACGUGCCAACCCUCCCCAACGCCGCGGCCUACUGCUUCCACAGCAUCGCCGCCUUUUCUGUCUAUUCCUUCCACUGGGAAUACACUGGAAAAACAACCAAGCUGAAGAACGAAUCCUCUUUUAUUGAACAAGUUCCAUCUGCAGAAGGAUGCUUCCCGCCUGAAUUCGCGGAGGUUAUGCAAUUUCAGCAUAACCUCCCGAAGAUCAGCUCAGGAGACAUCUACAACACGUCGCGGGUGAUUGAGGCCACCUACCUCGAUCUCCUCGCCAACGAGAAAUCUACCGGGACCGGAAACAUCUGGGCUGUCGGCCCGUUCAAUCCAGUUUCGGUAUCCGAAAGCAAGCAGUUUGAAGAGAGAGAAGCAUGCUUGAAAUGGCUGGAUGUACAGAGCUUGAAUUCAGUGAUUCUGGUUUCGUUUGGGAGCACGUGUUCUUUAUCGGAUGAUCAAAUUUCGGAGAUUGCCGAGGGAUUGGAGAAAAGUGGGCAGAGGUUUAUAUGGGUGAUCAGAGACGCCGACAGAGGUAACAUCUUCGAAGGAGAUGUGAGAAGAGCUCCGUUGCCGGAAAUGUAUGAGGAAAGGGUGAGAGAGAGGGGGCUGAUUUUGCGGGAUUGGGCCCCGCAGUUGACGAUUUUGGGCCACAAGGCGACAGGUGGGUUUCUGACGCACUGUGGUUGGAAUUCGUGUAUGGAGAGUAUAAGCAUGGGCGUGCCAAUGGUGGCAUGGCCCAUGCACUCUGACCAGCCCAGGAACGCGGUCCUCAUGACCAAGGUUCUUGGGAUAGGGGUGGAGGCCGUGGAGUGGGCCCAUCGGGACAGGGUUGUCCCAUCGGGCGCAGUGGAGAGCGCGGUGAAACGAUUGAUGGCUUCCGAGGAAGGGGUGGAGAUUAGGAAGAGGGCUGAGGAGUUGGGGGAUGCGGUGAGGAAAUCUGUGCUUCAAGGAGGGAUUUCUGUCAAGGAGAUGGACUCAUUCAUUGCCCACAUCACUAAAUCAGAUUGAAUGUACUUCCGUUUUAAUAAAUAUGAAAUAUUUGGUUUUCGGCAUCAGAUUUCUUAUAAUGUUGUUUUG